CAGACUACACUCAAGCCACAAGCGUUCUCUGAGCUUUUUUCGUUCGUCUGUAAGUUGGAAAAGCCUUGCGCUACUGAAAGCGCAUGAAGUUACUGUGUUUAAUAUUUGUAAUGAACGAUUAUGCGAACUCCGCCUGGCUUCAAAAAACAGCAUUUUGAUGACCACUCAAUUCAAGUGAAUGCGUAAAAAGUGAAAGCAAAUCAUAUCUAUACCAUAUGGCUCCAAAGUUUACACGUCAUAUGGGCAGACCAAACACCCAACAGCAACGCGCCGCUGCGUGUCGGAACGAUCUCCAUAUAGGCGCAGACAGCUCCAUAGCACUCACCGUUGUACGUACUACAGGUUGCCAGGACUACUGCGUUCUAGACGUGACAACUCAAAGACCACUGGCUAUUAUAUGGACAAAGGCAAAUCUGCUGGUCUACAUCCCGUCGAACAAUCGAAUAAGUAUUGCAGUGCAAACUGGAGUCCUGCCUCGAGUUCCAAUAAGCCAAGCAUCACUGACUAUGACGACGCCAACGACACUUCCUGCGCUUACAACGAUAGGACCUAAACCAGUUCAAGCUACAACAACUGCAAUAGCAACAACAAAUUCUGUGCCAACUUGUACCGUAUCGCGCUGGCCCCCAGCUCCAACUACAAGUUCUGUACCCGCUUGGGCUGCAUCGCGCUGGCCCCCAGCUCCGACUACAAGUUCUGUACCAACGUGGACUGCAUCGCGCUGGCCGCCAGCGCCGACCGUAGGUUCUAUACAAACUUGGACCGCAUCGCGCUGGCCCCCAAUGCCUACCACAAUUUCAGUGCCGAUUUGGACCGCAUCGCACUGGCCCCCAGCGCCGAUCACAAGUUUUGUACCAACUUGGACCGCGUCGCGCUGGCCCCUAGCGCCGAGUACGAGUUCUGUACCAACUUGGACCGCACUGCGUUGGCCCCUAGCACCAAUCACAAGUCCUGUACCUGCUUCAACCGCAGGGAACCGACUCCCAGUGCCGACAACUAGUUCUAUUCCUACUUCGACAGCGUUGAGGUGGCCUUCAGCGCCAACAGCAACUUCUGUACCUUCUUCGAUCGCAUCGAGCCGACCCCCAGCGCCGACUACAAGUUCUACACCUAUUUCAACCGUAUCAAGCCGGCUGCCAGCGCCGAUAAAAAGUUCUGUGCCUACUUCGACCGCAUCCAGCCAGCCCCUGGCGCCGACAAAAAGUUUUGUACCUACUUCGACCGCAUUGAGCCGGCUCCCAGCGUCGACAAUAAGUUCUGUACCUACUUCAAGCGCUCGAGCCAGCCCCCAGCGCCGACAAGAAGUUCUGUACCUACUUCGACCGCAUCGAGCCGGCUCCCAGCGCCGACAAAAAGUUCUGUACCUACUUCAACGCAUCGAGCCAGCCCCCAGCGCCGACAAAAGUUCUGUACCUACUUCAAGCGCAUCGAGCCAGCCCCCAGCGCCGACAAGAAGUUCUGUACCUACUUCAACCGCAUCGAGCCGGCCCCCAGCGCCGACAAGAAGUUCUGUACCUACUUCGACCGCAUCGAGCCGGCCCCCAGCGCCGACAAAAAGUUUUGUACUUACUUCGACCGCGUCCAGGCGGCCCCCAGCGCCGACAAAAAAUUCUGUAUCUACUUCGACCGCAUCGAGCCCGCUCCCAGCGCCGACGAAAAGUUUUGUACAUACUUCAACCGCAUCGAGCCGGCUUCCAGCGAUGACAACAAGUGCUAUACGAGCUUCGACCUCAUCGAGUCAGAUCCCAGCGCCGACAAAAGGUUCUGUGCCUACUUCGACCGUAUCAUGGCGGCCUCCAGCGCCGAUAACAACAAUAACAAGAGCGCCCCCAAGUACGACUUCUAGUAAACCACUUACUAUAAUGGAUAUGUCGACUCAAAGUGCUACCACAGAAAGUUCGAAAGAUAAGGGUAAAAGCAUGCGCUCCGAUGGUUUUUUUCGAAGGCUUGGAUGCUUUUUUCAGAAGCUCUGGGAAAAGCUAAAAUCAUUCUUUAGCAGCUACAGGCUUAUGAGGUUGAGAAGAAUAUAACAGUCAUAAUUAAGUAAUUGGAAAGAUAAUACGAUUUCUUAGGACUUUGUGACAUGUCUUUAACAAAUUUUGCAAUGAACUUAAGUAAAUACGAUAUAAAGGAAUUCAGACUAAGUAUAGAAAUUACUAAUUCGUAUUUUAUAUACAGUGUCUAAAACUAGAGACUACCACCUAUUCGUUCAUUUAACCGUCUGGGGUAGAAAUUAUGUGUGGUGAAUGUGCAUCAUAAGCCAAAAUUGUUUUUGAGAUUUAUCUCAGCCGAUUCUGGGCCCAGAAUUGCAGUGAUUAGUGAUAUCUUGUAUAUGAAUCCACAACCAUACCUACCAAACAUUACAUUACUUCAACACCUGAGACGCAAAAAAAUACAGACUGGCAAUCUCUUCUGUUAAUCUUUUUUUGGAGAAGUUGAUGGCCAAUAAAAAUGCCAAUUCUGUUCUACAUACACA